AUGUCGAAAAAGGGAGGACAGGCAGCCGUAGCUGCAGCAGCAUCCUUUGUCAAACUACUCGUGCCCGCUGGGAAAGCGUCAGCACAACCACCCGUCGGUCCCGCCCUCGGUGCCAAAGGUGUCAAAGCGAUGGACUUUGCCAAAGAAUUCAACGCCAAGACAGCACAUCUCGAAGUGGGCAUUCCUACACCCGCCAUCGUCAAGAUCAACCCGGAUCGCACAUUCUCUUUUGAGAUCAAGAGUGAGUAUCAUCCUAGUCACAUCCAUUCAGCGAUUCGUAACAUUGAAAUGCUGAUUCGCUCCAUCGCUAUCGACUCUCGACUCUCGACUUUGUACAACACAGCACCACCAACAUCAUUACUUCUGAAGCGAGCAGCAGGGAUCGAAACUGGUGCUGGUAAAUCAGGCUCUCAAGUAGCAGGUACGAUCACGAUGAAACACAUUUACGAGAUUGCAAAGAUCAAGAUGCAAGACGUCAAAGGUGUAGGAGAGGAACAGAUGUGCAAAGUCAUCGCUGGAAGCGCACGCAGUAUGGGGCUUCGCAUCGUUCGCUGA